GUGGAUUACAAACAUCAGUUUCCUGUCUCACAUACUGAUGUAAAGGGGCGUGGCCUGUGUGUGGGGGAUUCCUUUAUAAGACCAGAAGAAGAACAGAGAACACACACACACACAGAGAGAGACUGCAGAGGCGACAGCAGCUGAACAUGACUCCCUUGCCGCUCCUGACCCUGGCUCUGCUGGCCGGCUUGGUGUCGCUCACAGACUCGGCCACCGCUCCGCUCCUGACCUUCAGACUGAACGACCCGGUGAGCGGCCGGGUGCUGGAGUGCGACCGCUGCCCCCCCGGGACGCACCUGGGGGCACACUGCACGCCCGUGCGCAGGAGCGUGUGUGUGCAGUGUCCGACGGGCUCGUUCACGGAGCGGUGGAACUACAUCGACAGGUGUCUGCGCUGCGGCGUGUGUGCACAGAACCAGGUGGUGCGACAGGAAUGUAACGCCACCAACAACUGUCAGUGUGAAUGUAAACAAGGGUUCUACUACGUCACAGACAUGGACAUGUGUCUGCAGCACAGGGACUGUCCACCAGGAGAGGGCGCCCUCACUGCAGGAACUCCUGACAAAGACACAGAGUGUCACGUCUGUCCAGACGGAACCUUCUCCGACGUCUUCUCCGCUCACCUGAACUGCUCACAACACAAGGGCUGCGACGCCGCGGGGCUGUCGCUGCUGCUCGCCGGCGCCACCUGGCAUGACAGCGUGUGUGUGCGCUGUGGAGAGCUCGCAGACGAAGCCGUCUACCUCAGAGAAAUCCUGCCCGCCUUCUUCCUGCACCACAGAGCGACGGGCAGGCGUCUGCGUCGGAUCGUGAACCACCUGCCGUCUGAGGACGGAAGGAAACAGGGCGGAGCCUCGGGGCUGAGCAACUCGGAACUCCAGGCCCAGUUGAGCGCCUGGAUCGCCUCCGCCACGGCGCCACGGCUCCAGAAGCUUCCAGAGAUUGUGAAGAAAGCGGGAAUGAUCAGCGCCGGAGAACGUCUGCAGAACAAGUUCAGUAGAACCGACAAGAACCUGAGGGAGGUUUGUGGCAUCGGGAACGAGAUUGGACCGUCGGAUUAAGACGAGCCGGACUUUCGGACGCACUUUCAGCACCUUCAAAUGGACCUGGUCAACUUGUGUUUCCGACGUUUUGAUCUUCUCGUAUAAAAAGUACAUUCUCACGCGGCGUUAUUCGCUGACUUUCGAGUCUCAGCUCCGCCCUCUCUGCGUUUGCACGUACAAAUGCGAACGUUCCUCUGGAUGAAUCGCAGUGCUGAGUUGACGUGUUUAAUUAUUCGUUGAAAUUCACAGAUUUGCGUUGACUUUGCUUGUAAUGCGUCGCAGUUGAUGUGAAAGUCACAUGAUGUUAAAAGUCCCUUGGUUUCUAUGGUAACCACACUUAUGUCCUGCCGCUCCAUUCACGUGUCGCCUAGGUCGCCAUCUACUGGAGGAAAAAUAGAUGGGAAUAAAAAUCUUAACUUCUCUGAACAUAGCUUCUAAUAUCAAACGUGUCAAAUUUAAACAGAUUUUGUUUAUUCUAACAUUUAUUGUGUAAAUUUGUUUUAUUACCAUUUAGUUUUAUUACGUGUGUGUGUGUGUGAGAGCAGAGGAUGAUGAUAAACCACAAAUGGCAUCUGAAGGUCAAAGGUCUUUGUCGUGUUGAGAUGUGGGAGUGUUGACAUUUCAAGUCACUCACAGCGACACUCACUCACUCACUCUCCCAGUUCAAGGUUUGCAGCAAAAGGU